AAAAAAAAAAAAAAAAAAAAAAGACGUCCCGGGAGGAUAUAAAUGAAUACAAACUUCGCCGCCCGUCCACACCCUCUCUGUCCCAUCGACACUGAAGCUCCCGUGUUUUGGUUGGAUUGUCAAGCUGGCAGGAAGCAAGCGGAGGACCUUCUCCUCUAACCAGGGCGGGUUGCUGAACAGAAUGUUCGGUGGCUCCACGAGCCCUACCAAAGAGAAAGACGAUUCCUCCCCUCUCUCCCGCCCUGGUUCGGCGACUCUAUCUAUCAGUACGGAGAAUACAGCCGCUGGCCGCGGAAACAAAGCCACCUCGCCUAGCGACUCCCUGUCUCCCCGCAACGAGGACCCGAGCCCAUCAGCGGAGCAGCCAAAGCGACGAAGUAGCUCUAUGACCAAGGCUGUCAAUUUCUUCUCCAACGCUAAAAAUUCCCUGCACCUUUCAAGCCCACGGGAGUCCCAUAGGGAACAGCAAGCCCUAACGCCUAUGCAGAAGCUGGGGAAGAUGGAUCCCGCCUUGAUUGUGCCGCAAGGGUCCCUGAAUAACUCAGCCGGUGAAUCAGCGCCAACUGCGCGCUCGUCGUUUCGGGUUGGAGUCACAGAAGAUAAGAAUAGAAAAUGUCGAAGGACUAUGGAAGAUACCCAUGCCUAUCUGUAUAAUUUUCUUGGAACAGCAGCCCCCACGCCCGCCAGAGCCGAUUCUUCUGUCCGCAGCAAAAACUCCGAGGACUCAAUAUCUACAUCUACAGAGUCUGACGAUUUGCCACCUAUGAUUGAAACGGAUAACGGAUACUUUGCCAUUUUUGACGGGCAUGCUGGGACUUUCGCGGCGGAGUGGUGUGGGAAAAAGCUACAUCUUAUUUUAGAGGAUAUUAUGAGAAAACACCCGAAUGCGCCUGUGCCAGAGCUCCUGGACCAAGCAUUCACUAGUGUGGAUCAGCAAUUGGAAAAACUCCCGUUGAAAAACAGCGGCUGCACUGCUGUCACUGCAGUCUUGCGAUGGGAAGAUCGACCUGCUUUGUCAUCUCCCCCUGCUCCUCCACCCAAUGCGACUUCAUCCUCCCCGCUGGCGACACCCAGCAAGUCAGCUCUAGAAAAGGAUAAUAGUAACAUAAACCCGUCGCCAGCCGUGCAGACAUCCUCAUCUCUAGAACCGUCGGGAUUACCCGCCUCAGCCCAACCAGGAUCCGCAAACCAGAAACAGCCCCAAGAAACAACGACAGUCGUGCGACAACGUGUACUAUAUACCGCGAACGUUGGUGAUGCACGAGUUGUCCUAUGUCGGAAUGGCAAGGCGCUUCGAUUAUCGUACGAUCACAAGGGCAGCGAUGAGAACGAGGGGAAACGAAUAUCCAAUGCAGGCGGCCUUAUCUUGAAUAACCGCGUAAACGGCGUUCUUGCUGUCACUCGGGCGUUAGGGGAUUCAUACAUGAAAGACCUCGUCACUGGCCACCCGUACACAACGGAGACGGUCAUUCAACCUGAGACGGAUGAAUUUCUGAUUUUAGCUUGCGACGGUUUAUGGGAUGUCUGCUCCGACCAAGAAGCCGUCGACCUCAUCCGCGGCACAGAGGACCCGCAACUCGCCUCGAAAAUCCUCGUCGACCACGCCCUCUCCCGCUUUAGUACCGACAAUCUCUCUUGCAUGAUUGUCCGCUUCGACACAAAGGCCAUCCAAGAAGCGAUAGAACGACAAAGACGCACGUCGGCCGGCCCACCAGCUAUGACAGAUAAUACUACCGGUGCCGCCUCAAGUAAUACUACUCCCAAUAAUGCUACUACUGAUAAUAACAACGCCGAAUCCUUCCCACCCCCAAGCCAACUCGGCGGCAUCAGCGAAGCGGACAAGAUCGUCGAGAAGACGCGGAAAAAGGCGCGCGCGGGAAAGUUGGGGACUGAACUUGGUGCCGCCACUGCUGGCACUGCUGCUGCUACAGAAGGUGAGGAUGAGAAUUUGACGCCCGUGGAGUCCUUUUCGGCAGUGGAGGAUGAUGAGUUGGGGCCGGAGGUUUCACCAGCGGAGUUGAAGGGGGUGAUUGAGGUUGCGAAUUUGGAUUUGAGCGGGGGGAGGGGGGAUAGGAAAGAGGAAGGAGGUGGAUAACCCGUGGCGUUUGCAAUUGGGUCAGUUCGAUGGGUUGGUUUUCUGGUUUGGGAUAAAACCGAAGGGGGUCCUAUUCGCGGUUUUUUUUCUUUUUUUUUCACUUUUUAUUUUCCCCUGUUAUUUUACUUGAACCAUUGUUCUUGACCAUUUUGAUGUGCGUGAUGUGUUUUAUUCCAUGACGAAAUUAAGAAUAGGAAGGGGAGGGAAAAGCCAGAAGAAGAAGCUAGGUUUUUUUUUUUUUUUUUUUUUUUUC